UUUCUUUCUUUUCUUUUUUCAUUUUUAUAUAUGGCUGACAUGUCCACCCUGGAUUCUCCUUCCAGUAGCUACACUGACUGUGCUCAAGAAUGGACGACGCCCAUUACCCAUCUAGGUUCAUCAUUUAAAGAUGUGUAUGGAAGAUCAUUGUUGAUGCGAGGUAUCAAUAUUUGUGGAUCAUCUAAACUUCCCACCCACCCUUAUCCUGGUUCAACCCAUCUGUAUGAUGAACAUUUGUUUUGGGAUCAUCGCAAUGUCAGUUUUGUAGGCAGACCUUUUCCUUUAGAAGAAGCAGACGAACACUUGAGUCGCUUAAGGGCAUGGGGCUUGACUUUGAUUCGGCUAUUAGUACCUUGGGAAAGCCUUGAGCAUGCAGGUCCUGGACAAUAUGAUCAAGAAUACAUAGAGUAUUUGCGUGCAUUAAUUCAAAUGAUGCCACGUUAUGGUCUCAAGUGUAUGAUUGAUCCUCAUCAAGAUACGUGGUCUAGAUUCUCGGGUGGUUCAGGUGCGCCUGGUUGGACAUUUGAAGUGGCUGGUAUGAAUAUCAAGCAUUUUAAAGAAACAGGUGCUGCUUAUGUUCAUAAUACCAAUGCUGUGCCUGGAGAUCCAUUGCCUAUGGUAUGGCCUACCAAUUAUACCAAAUUAGCCUCCUGCACUAUGUUUACAUUGUUCUUUGGUGGUGAUGUAUUUGCACCUAAGCGACACUAUCAAGGCAAAUCAGUACAACAGUUUCUGAAUGAUUGUUUUGUGAAUUGUUAUCAUCAUUUGGCUACUUGCUUUGCGGAUUUAGAAGCUGUGAUGGGAUUUGAAUUCAUGAAUGAGCCUCAUCCAGGCUAUAUUGGGCUUGAGCAACUUGAUGCGUUUGAUCCCAUCACCAAUUUGAUUUUUGGUGAUUCACCUACGCCUUUACAGUCAUUUGCACUCGGUGACCGUAUUCCUCAAAAAGUAGGUGUCUAUAUCAAAUCAUGGCCCUUUCCUACCAAGAAGUCCCAUGAGCGUAUCAUGAACCCACGCCGACUGUCUGCAUGGACAAGUGAAUGUGUCUGGAAAGAACACGGUGUGUGGAAGCCAGAUGAAAUCACAGGUGAUCCUGUCUUAGUGGAUUCGCAGUAUUUCGCCAAGGAUCCUGCCACAGGUCGACCUGUUUCGUUCUAUGAUGAUUUCUAUAAGCCGUUAGUGAACCGAUAUGCAAAGACAAUCCAGAGUGUGAAGCAGGAUUGGUAUUGUCUGGUUGAACCUUUGGCCAAUGAAAGAGCACCCGUGUACACAAAAGAAGAUCAUCAUCACAAUAUCAUCUUUUCUCCUCAUUGGUAUGAUCUGAACUGUGUAUUCUAUAAGAAAUUCAAUGGUAGAAUGACACAUGAUGUUCAAUGUCUUCAAAGGGGAGGCAAUGUGUUUAAUGCCACUUAUUUCGGCCGAAAUGGUGCCAAAAAGAACUAUACUCGACAAAUCAAGAAUAUCAAACAAGAUGGCUUAAGAGAUAUGGGAGACAAACCCUGUAUUUUGGGUGAAGUGGGCAUUCCAAUGGACCUGAAUGAUAAAAUAGCCUUUAAAGACGACAAUUAUUCAGACCAUAUUCAUUUCUUGGAUGCUAUUAUUUAUGCGCUCGAAACCAAUUUGAUUCAUUUUACAUUAUGGAAUUAUGAUAUCUGCAAUGAUCAUGAAUAUGGUGAUCAUUGGAAUGGUGAAAACUUUUCUAUCUAUUCAGCUAGAAAACAAAAGAAAGACUAUCAAGAGCAUGAUGAUGGCAACAGUAAAUUAUCAAAAAAGCAUUUAUACGAUGGAGGCAGAGUGUUGGAAGCUGUUCUGCGUCCUUAUGCUUCCAAAGUGGCAGGUAUGCCUGUGUCUUCUGUAUUUGAUAUAGACACACUCUGUUAUACCUUUUCAUUUAUACCUUUUACCCCUGAACAACUGGACACCUUAAAUCACCAUGGUUACCAAACAUCCAAUCGAAUGGCUUGUGUUACUGAAAUCUUUGUUCCCUUUUUCCAUUUCGGUGACAAGAGACUCAACAUAGAAGCCACGCAUGGUCAAUGUGAAUACGAACAAGAGAAACAGACCUUGUAUCAUACAUAUCAACAAGUUUCUGAGCCAAUUACUAUCACCUUAAGUGUAGUUAAUCAAACACCCUCCCCUUCCUCUUCCUCCUCCUCCUUGUGUCAUGUCAUGUAAAAAAUACAUAUAUAUUUGAAUAUCAGAUAAGAAUAAAACUGUCUCUCUUUCCCCCCUUU